CUCUCCAAGAUAUACGGCAACGUCUUCACUGUGCAUUUUGGACCCAAGAAAGCUGUGGUACUGGCUGGAUAUGAAACCAUCAAGGAUGCCCUUUUAAAUCAUGCUGAAGAAUUUGGAGAGAGGGCAGAAAUACCCAUAUUUAGGAAAAUGACACAAGGAAAUGGCAUAGCAUUCAGCCAUGGAGAGCUAUGGAAAACUAUGAGAAGAUUCACCUUGUCCACACUGCGAGAUUUCGGAAUGGGAAAGAGAACCAUUGAGAUCCGAAUCCUGGAGGAAGUAAAUUCCCUUAUCAAAUAUUUUGAAUCCUACCACGGGAAGCCAUUUGAUACGAAGAUGAUACUCAACAAUGCUGUAUCCAAUGUCAUCUGCUCUAUAUUGUUUGGAAACAGGUUUGAGUAUGAUGAUCCUGUAUUCCUAACUUUGCUGAAGCUGUUAAAUGAAAAUACUAAGCUGUUGGGCUCCCCUACAGUGCUGUUAUAUAAUUUCUAUCCAUCCCUUGGAUUUCUCUCUGGGGCUUCCAAGACUGUGCUAAAAAAUGUCAGUGAACUGAACGCAUUUCUCCAGAAGCUCUUCCAGCAACACAAAGAAGAGUUUAAUGAAAAUAACUUAACAGGCUUUGUUGAUGCCUUUCUGAUGAAGCAACAACAGGAGUCAAAGAAACCGCACACCAUGUUCGACAACGGAAACCUGUUGUUUUCAACCCUGGACCUCUUUGCCGCUGGGACUGAGACUACUUCUACAACUGUGCGCUGGGGUCUUCUUCUGAUGAUGAAAUACCCGGAAAUUCAGAGAAAGAUUCAGGAAGAAAUGAACCAUGUCAUUGAACCAGGAGAGCUGCCUAAGUUGGAGGACCGGAAAAAAAUGCCUUAUACAGAUGCAGUGAUACAUGAAAUACAAAGGUUUGCCAAUAUUGUCCCAAUGGGUGUAUCACGAUCAACUCCUACCGAUGUGAAUUUCCAUGGCUAUGUGAUUCCUAAGGAUACGGAGAUUAUUCCGCUGCUGACCUCUGCUCUGAAUGACGAGUUACACUGGAAAACCCCAGAUCAGUUCAACCCUUCCCACUUCCUGGAUGCUGAUGGAAACUUCAUUAGGAGAGAGGCAUUUAUUCCAUUCUCCAUAGGACGAAGGGCUUGCGCUGGAGAAGGACUGGCCAAAAUGGAGCUGUUCCUCUUCUUUGCGGGCUUGCUCCGCAAAUUUGUUUUCCAACCCCCUCCAGGAGUGGACAAGUCAGACCUAGAUCUCACUGCUGAUGUCGGCUUUACCUUGAACCCCAUGCCUCACCUGGUUUGUGCUGUGCCCUAUGAAUGA